AUGACGUUUGAUCCAGUAAAUAUAUUUUUGUUUCGAGCUAAAACUCUAAUGAAAUUCUUAGGAGUUUGGAUACUGUAUAUUGUCAUCGUAUGGGGUGAUUUAGACGCUGUUUCGCAAGCGUCUUACGUACUGUUCACGCAGGCUUGUCUGUGUUUUAAAAUUACAGUACUCCAUACCAAUAGCGAUAUGUUAGAAGCUAUUCUAUUGCAAAUGAACAGUGAAGUUUUCAGGCCGCAGUCGAAAAUUCAUGAGCGUAUUUUAACGGUUCAAGCAAGAAGAAUAAAACGCUUGUUACUAACGUUUCUGAUAAGUGCUGAAGUGACUUGCGGUCUGUGGGCACUAAAGCCAUUAUUCGAUGAUAUUGGUCACCGUAAAUUUCCUUUCGAUAUGUGGAUGCCGGUGGAUCCAGGCUUAUCCCCUCAGUACCAACUGGGCUACAUAUUCCAACUGACAACGAUCUGCAUCAGUGCAUGCAUGUACUUCGGUGUGGAUAGCGUUACAUUGUCCAGUGUUAUAUUUGUAUGUGCGCAGAUGGAAAUCAUCAUGAAUAAAAUUAUGAGUAUAAAAACUAACGAUAGAGAAAAUGGUGAGGAUAAAUCAAUAUUUUAUUUAAGAAACAAUAGGAUGUUAUUAGAAUGCGUAAAACAACACCAAGCUGUGGUAAUAAUGAAGGACUUAGUGGAGAACACUUACCAUACGUACCUGUUAUUUCAACUAACUGGAAGUGUUGGUCUCAUUUGCAUGUCCGCUUUUAGGAUUCUGGCAGUCGAAUGGUGCAGCAUGCAAAUGGUUUCGAUAGUGACGUACCUUCUCGUGAUGAUAAGCCAGCUGUUUCUGUGUUGCUGGUGUGGACACGAGCUUACAGCCACUAGUGAGGAACUACACCAAGUGCUAUACCAGUGCUCGUGGCACGAACAAGACGCGAAGUUCAAGCGAAUGCUGUGCUUCACAAUGAUGCGCAUGAACCAGCCAAUGGUCCUUCGAGCCGGACAUUACAUCACCCUCUCGAGAAAUACCUUCGUCUCGAUCUUGAGGAUGUCAUAUUCGUAUCUCGCAGUUUUAAAUCAAACGAAACAAUAGUAAUGGCGGACCAAUGAUUCACGUCAUUCUUUAGUACACCAAAAGCAAAAACCAUUAAUGAACUAGGC